AUGCGUCCUACUCAGGUUAUUCUGGCCAUUGUGCUGGGCCUCUCUAGCUUUGUCACAGCGACACCACUCGACACUCGCGCCACGCUUGUGCACUGCACAUCAGAUCAACAUCAAAUGCUCCAGGAUGCACUCUCCCAGUCAUCCCGAAUGGCCAAAGCAGGUGCUGACACCAUUCGCUCCGGCUCCAACUACGGAUCUGCCCUUUUCCAAAGCUUCUUCAAAACCAACGACGAGCGAGCUCGGUCCCGUGUCGCUAAUAUCCUGGACCAGAUCUCCGAGGAGGCCUUGGCUCGCGGAGGAGGAAAAGUAUCCUACUCCUGCUCGCCUGAUGGGAUUCGUUGCUCGAAUCCUGGCGAGUCCUUUUUCAUCACGGCCUAUGGCGAAACCAACGGUUACUAUGGCCGGAUCAGGACCUGUCCUGCGUAUUUCUCUCUGGUUCGGUUCUCGAAUCAAUGCGACCGGCUUGAUCAGGCGACUUCCUCGACUCAUGAGAUGGCACAUACGAAGGGUAUUUAUGGACCCGAGACGUAUGGCUUCUAUCAGGUUCAUCAGCUGGAUACCGCUACAGCUAUGGAGAAUGCGGAGAGUUAUGCCUUUUUUGCUAAGUCGGCUUUCCUGAACUGCAGCGUACAUUAG